AUGGACCCGCAGCCGCCUCUCUGUCUGGCCUUCCCGCUGCUGCCGCUGCCGCUACCACUGCUGCUGCUGCUGCUAACACUACCCCAGGCGGACACGCGGUCGUUCGUCGUGGAUUGGGAGUAUGACAGGUUCCUCCUGGACGGGACCCCCUUCCGCUACGUGUCCGGCAGCAUGCACUACUUUCGGGUCCCACGGGUGCUCUGGGCCGACCGGCUUAUCAAGAUGCGAAUGAGCGGCCUCAACGCCGUCCAGUUUUAUGUGCCCUGGAACUACCAUGAGCCAAAGCCCGGGGUCUAUAACUUUGAAGGCAGCCGGGAUCUCAUUGCAUUUCUGAACGAGGCAUCUUUAGCAAACUUGUUAGUCAUCCUGAGACCAGGACCUUACAUCUGUGCUGAGUGGGAGAUGGGGGGUCUUCCAGCCUGGUUGCUUCGAGAACCAGAUAUUCGUCUGCGAACCUCAGAUCCAGUCUUCCUGGAGGCUGUGGACUCCUGGUUCAAGAUCCUGCUGCCCAAGAUCUAUCCGUGGCUCUACCACAACGGGGGCAACAUCAUCAGCAUCCAGGUGGAGAACGAGUACGGCAGCUUCGGGGUGUGCGACACCAAAUACAUGAAGCACCUGGCCGGGCUCUUCCGGGCCAUCCUCGGCAAUGAGAUCGUGCUCUUCACCACAGACGGGCCCGAGGGUCUCAAAUGCGGUUCCCUGCAAGGGCUCUACACCACUGUGGACUUCGGCCCAGCUGACAACAUAACCAGAAUCUUCUCCCUGCUGCGGAAGUAUCAGCCCCACGGGCCGCUGGUGAACUCCGAGUACUAUACAGGCUGGCUGGAUUACUGGGGUCAGAACCACUCCACUCGGUCCAUUCCUGCCGUCACCAGAGGUCUUGAGAAGAUGCUCAGGCUGGGAGCCAGUGUGAACAUGUAUAUGUUUCACGGAGGCACCAACUUCGGAUACUGGAAUGGUGCCGACGAGAAGAGCCGCUUCCUUCCCAUCACCACCAGCUAUGACUAUGACGCGCCCAUCUCUGAAGCCGGGGACCCCACCCCUAAGCUCUUUGCGAUUCGAAAAGUCAUCAGCAAGUUCCAGGAAGUUCCCUUGGGACCUCUACCUCCUCCCAGCAUCAAGAUGAGGCUUGGACCUCUUAGCAUGCACAUGAUUGGGGAGUUGCUGACUUUCCUGUACUUCCUGUGCCCCGAAGGGCCCAUCCGUUCCAUUUUGCCUUUGACCUUUGAGGCUGUCAAACUGGACCACGGCUUUAUGCUGUACCAGACCUACCUGACCACGGCUGUCGAGGAGCUGACAGAAUUCUGGGUGCCCAACAACGGAAUCCAUGACCGCGCCUACGUGCUCCUAGACGGGGUGUUCCAGGGAGUUUUGGAACGCAACAUGAAAAAUAAGCUCUUUUUGAUUGGCAAAGUGGGAACCAAGCUGGACAUCUUGGUGGAGAACAUGGGCAGACUCAGCUUCGGGUCCAACAGCAGCGACUUCAAGGGCCUGUUGGAGCCGCCCGUUCUGGGCCAGAUCACCCUGACCAACUGGCUCAUGUUCCCUCUGAACGUGGACAAGCUGGUCAAAUGGUGGCUGCCCCUCCAGCUGAAAAAACGGCUGCACCCACGUCGGCUUCCAAGUCCCUCCGGCCCUGUCUUCUUCUCCACGACAUUUUCCAUCUACAGCUCGGGCGGGGAUACUUUCCUUUAUUUACCCGGAUGGACCAAGGGCCAAGUCUGGAUCAAUGGGUUUAACUUGGGCCGCUACUGGACAAAACGGGGGCCCCAAGAGACACUGUAUGUGCCCCGCCCCCUGUUCAUGAAGGGGAGGCGCAACAGGAUCAUCCUGCUGGAGCUGGAGAACGUGCCCGCCAAGCCCCAGAUCCAGUUCCUAGACAGGCCCAUCCUCAACAGCACCUCGCAUAAGACCUUCAUCUACUCCCUCCUCACCGACACGCAAAGUGUCCCCGAGCCCAUGGAUUUAAGCGGGCACUGAAGGCGCAAGGGGGCCCAGGAGCUGGGGCGCGAG